GCACUGGUGUUAGUCACAAGGUUGGACAGCAAAGGUCACUGAAUGUUCUGUUGGUCUGUCACAAAUAUUCAGGAUGCUGAAAACACCGCACAUGCUCCUUCUCCUCUGUCUUGUCGGGGCAGCGAAUGCCCUGUACAAGCAGUGGAUCCCUGACACCAACUAUGAGAAUAAGACCAACUGGGACAAAGGAGCGGUUCCGUGUGGCAAUGACAUCGCUCAGUUUUCAGCCCAAAGAAAAGUGUCUGUGUUUGUGGAGACUCUGCACGCCGUGAAGGAGAUGCGGUUGCCAGUCGAUGGGGAGUUCAUCCUGAAUUCGGGAGCUGGAUUUUUUGUAUUGCCAGGACAAGAUCCAGGCUGUGGACAAGGUGUCGCAACCAAAUUCAAAGACUCCGACUCUCUGCAGUGGUUUGAUCCAGCUCUCUGGCAGGGAGCUGCAACACUGGAUGAUCUGCAGCGUGGAAAUGUCCUGUUCUCAGUCCACGAAGAGAGAGUCCCUUGCCAGUAUGAUGAUGUGGUUUUUAAUGCUCUUUCGUCCUUUAAAGUGGACACCAGCUCCAGUCAGUCCAGCAUUCCUGUGAAAUCUGUGUCUGUGCUUGGGAAGAAGUUUGACAGUGGAUCUGAGUUUUCACAGUAUCUCAGCUCACGCACAGGUCGGCUCCAGUUUCAUGGAUCUUCUGCGGUCACUGUUGGGAAUCCAGGCUGUGGGGACCCUUCUGGCUGCGAGUGUGGGAACUCUGUAAACCACGAGCGGAUCUGUGGCAGUGUCAAAUGUGCUGCUUUGAACUGUAAGAUGCCUCUCAGCCCCGUUGGACACUGCUGUGAGGUGUGCGGCGUCAUCGUCACCGUCCAUUACGCCGGCGGGUUCAACAUGCAGACUUACAGGCAACGGAUCCAUAACCUUUUUCUUAUCUUGCCACAGUACAAAUCCAUCCAGCUGGGCAUUUCUAAAGUGUCCAGGUCACAACGUUUGCUGGUGAUAUUUCCAUUCGGUGCCUCACCUGAGAUCCAGGUGACUAUUCUGGAUGGAGGGGACGGUACACAGGCAGAGGCUCUGGCCUGGGACAUAGUGAAGGAUGUUCGCUCUCAUGGCUCCCACCUUGGAAUCACUGAGGUUGAAUUUCAAGCCUCCUCCGGCAACAGCAGCGACCAGUCUGCAGGCAGUGUAGGAAUGGUGGUCGGAGUUGUGCUAGGAGUUUUAAUGAUUAUUGCGUUCAUUCUCAUCGCGGUUGCCCUGGUUCGCAGGGGUGUUAUUCAAAUGCCGUCAGCGAGGCUUUCUCUGAGCAGCUUUAAGAGAAAUAGUGAUAUUGGGGAACUUGGUGGCCCUCUUGACCAAGGAUUUGCUAACCCAAUGUUUGACAACCUCAACACGCUGCCUAAUAUUCCCGGUCUGCAUAAUUCAAUUUCCAUUACUCAGACAGGUGGUGUGUACUUUGUAAAUCCAGUUUAUGAUGAGAAUGAAACGGAUUUUAACGGCUGAAGCUGCAAUCAACUUGAUGUUAAUGAUUUCCAACAUGAUGAUUUUUUACACACCCUCCACACCAAUAAAUCCGCGUUCAUCUUUAUAAUGUAAUAAUUCAGAAAUGUGAUUAAAAAUACACAUAUGCUGACAGUCAUAAUAACUGAAGGAACUUGUAAGACAAAUAAAAUAAGUGUACCUUU